AUGAAGAACAUUACGUGGAUGACAUGCUUACAAGUGUGGAAACGGAACCAGAAGCGAUUGAGCUGGCGUAUCAGCAUCAGAGUCGUGACAGCGGUAAAAGGCACUGAGUCAACCCUCAAGGAAAUGGAUUUCGAACCGUGUCUAAAGCCAGAGAAGGUGCUGGGAAUGUGGUGGGACACCACAACAGAUAGUUUCGGCUUUAAACUAUCCCGUGUAAGACACCUGGAGCUGGCACGCAAGGACAAACCACCGUCCAAGAGGCAGAUGCUGCGGACUUUGAUGUCGAUCUACGACCCGUUAGGUUUGAUCGCAGGCGUGCUUUUUUAUUUGAAAGUACUUCUUCAGGAAGUCUGGCGCCUACACCUUGGCUGGGACGACGAAGUUCCGGAAGAGAUCCAGCAUAAAUGGGACGCCUGGAUGGAACGACUGCCAGAAUUGGAAAGUUUCAUCAUACCACGUUGCUACCGACAGCUGGCGUCGCUCACCGAAUCAUCUCUACAGCUACACGUGUUCGUUGAUGCGGGUGCAGAUGGUUACGCAGCGGUCGCGUACUUCCGUUUUGAGUGCCAUGGACGUAUCGAGGUGUCGUUAGUUGGAUCCAAAGCUAGAGUGGCGCCUCUAAAGUAUCUUUCCGUGCCCCGCUUAGAGCUGCAGGCUGCUGUGAUGGGUUGCAGAAUAGCCUCGUCUAUAACUAGUGCUCAUCGAGAAACUAUUAGUGGAAGCUACUUCUGGACAGACUCGACUGAUGUUAUAGACUGGAUAAACGCAGACCACCGUAAGUACUCGAUUUUCGUCGCACAUAGGGUUGCUGAGGUGCUAGACACGACGAACGUCGACGAUUGGCGAUGGCUUCCAACUAAACUUAAUGUGGCGGACGAAGCGACCAAAUGGACCAACCUGCAGCAUCAUCUCGCCUCCGAACGAUGGUUUAGUGGGCCCGAGUUCCUGCAACUACCCGAAGCAGAAUGGAACAUACCUCGUCGAGUACCAUCGGAAACGUCCGAGGAGGUGCGGAAAAAGGAUAGGCUGAAGCUGGUCGGCAUCCACAUAGCGCGUCCGAUUUUCAUCGACUACGAGAGAUUUUCCCGAUGGACGCGGCUGGUCAGGACGAUGGCUUACGUGUGUCGGUAUGUAAACAUUAUUACCAAAACUAAAUCUCCAUCGACAGGUCCGCUUAACCGCGACGAAAUCCAGCGGGCUGAAACGAACGUUGAGAAAAGCCUUCGGCUAAUUGCCGAGGUGGAGAGACGGCCUGCUUUAUGGCAAAAGCGGUCGGAUUUCUACAAGAACGGUAUUCGGCGAAGGGAUGCGUGGACCGAGAUUGGUGGACUCUUGGACCUCACCGUCGAAGAGGCGAGCUACCAGUGGAGGAAGCUGCUGACCAGCUACCGGACUUACAAGUCCAAGCUGCUUAAAAGUCAGCAAAGUGGAGCAGAUACUAAUCAAAUUUAA